UGAGUUAUCAAAACCAAAUUCUGCCCAGCCUCUGCUGAAGACAUCAGCCACCAUCACAGCUUAUAAUAAUACAGCAUUAUUGCACUAUAUUCCCACAUUUUGAUUUAUACAGCUGGAUCAAACUGAGGAUGUCGGGAAGCUCCGGGAACGGGAAGCUGCGUCAGUGGCUGAUCGAACAGGUGGACACUGGGAAAUAUCCCGGGUUAGUGUGGGAGGAUCGAGAGCGAACCACCUUCCGCAUCCCGUGGAAACACGCAGGGAAGCAGGACUAUAACAGAGACGAGGACGCGGCGCUCUUCAAGGCCUGGGCUCUGUUUAAGGGGAAGUAUCGUGAGGGAAUAGAUAAACCGGAUCCACCCACCUGGAAAACGCGUCUCAGGUGCGCGCUGAACAAGAGCAGCGACUUUGAGGAGCUCGUGGGCCGAAGUCAGCUGGACGUUUCAGAGCCGUUUAAAGUUUACCGGGUUAUUCCUGAGGGAACCAAAAGAGGACCAAAAUCAUAUGAGAAAGUUUCCACAACCUCAGGUCAUCAUAACUACCCGUUUUAUCCGUCAUAUCAACCGGUGGAGAGUCAGGUGUGUAACUUCCUGUCUGCUGCAGACCGUAGCUGGAGGGACUUCCUGUGUGAGCAGAACUCACUGUCAGACGUCCACUUCAGCCAGAACUCGCGCUGGGACACUGGGUACCAGAUAAGUGGAUCUUUUUACAGCUGUAACACAUUUGAUUCUCCUCCCUCACCGUUCACCCUGGAGACCAGCAUGAGAUCAGCAGAGGCCAUGGCACUGUCAGACGCGCGUCUGCAGGUGACGGUGUUCAGCGGUGAGACUCUGGUCGCAGAUGUCACCGUCACGAGCGCUGAGGGCUGUCGACUGGCUCCUCAUGACGACAACUGGAGCUACAGUGGCCCGGGCGGCCCGGAGCUGGUGCCUCUUCCUGGAGCGCUGGAGGGGGGCAUUCUGCUCUGGAUGACGCCCGACGGCCUGUACGCCCGAUGCUUCUGUCAGAGCCAGGUCUACUGCGACGGGACGCAAUCAAACCUGAGCACCAAACUCUGUAAACUAGAGAGGGAGCAGACCAGCAAACUACUGGACACACAACUCUUCCUGACAGAACUCCAGGGUUAUUUCCUGCACACACGUCCUCCUCCGCGUUUCCACGUGCAGCUGUUUUUUGAGUGCUGUGACCCCUCCGCAGACAAGAGACCCCUGACAGUUCAGGUGGAGCCGCUGUUCGCCCGGCAGCUGCUGCUCCUCCUCCAGCAGGGCGGCGUGAAUUACAUGAGAAGCACCCAUGAACUUUCACCUCUGACCCCUGAGCAGAUUUACACCCAUCAAGAUUUCCCUGCCAUCAACGCACACCAGACGCAUGGCAGCUUCAUCCAAGAGUGACCCCGCAGGAGAUACAAGACGUUUCUAGAUUUUACUGUGUAUUGGCAAAGUAAAAGAUACCAAUUUUUAAUUAACAGUUAAUAAUAUUAAUAACCCCAAAACUACAUACAGGUGAGCCACGUAGCAACUUAAUGCAUUAAUACAAAGUGUGUCACAACAUUUUACAGGUCCUUCAAAACAAAUACAUAAUAUAUUACUAUUUUUUUUAUAUAUAUAUAUAUAUAUAUAUAUAUAUAUAUAUAUAUAUAUAUAUAUAUAUA